AUGGAAAAUAGCGAGGCGUACGCCUCGUGGAAUCCGGCGUUCCGGUCGGACGAUAACGACACCUCCGUCGCGACCACCGAAGACACGCCCGUGUCAUUACCCCCUUCCCUACCGACUGCGCAAGACUCCGUCUCGGGCGCGGAUGAAUUCUCAAAUGCUGAGCCAACCGCGCCUGUACAAACCACUACAGAGGAACUCCCGGCGUCGAACGAACACUUUGAUCAGCCCGAAACGCGGGAAGAAUUCCGGGAAGAAGCCGCGGAACUGUUUUCUGCCGCCGGUGGUGAGAGCCAGGAGCCAAACCCUUUCGAACCCGAGUCUACAGCUGGAGAUGACAGUUCACAUCCAACGCAGGAUGGGUAUGUGCCGGAAGUGCAGACUCACCAGAUCGGAGAGGACACGUCCGACAACGCUGCCCAAGGCUCGAGUGACUACCCCGAUGCAGAGUGGCCCAAUCACCAAGACGAAGCGGACCACCCUGCAUCCGUGAACGGAGAAAUCGCCAGCACAAACCACGACCUCUGGGGAAGCCCUAAGAGCGUUGAUCAUGGAGAAGAUGGCUUUUUCGAUCAACUGAAGACGCAAACAAAGCCGAUAUAUUUCCCUCCAGAAGAAUCGAGAUUUGAGGAGGGCUUACCUUUGCUGGAUGAGGUGGUGGAAAGCCCGAUCGAGCCACCUAUGCAGCAGCAACCGAACCAGAUCGAUCGCGUCUUCGAGGGCGACGACGACGAAGAUGAUGGAUUUUUCAGUUCAGCUCAAAAGGUGCCAUCGGAAAAAGAACCUCAAGGCCCGUUCCACAUUCACCGGAAGAGCACCUCCCAGGUGAUGGACUCUCUUGGUGCUCAGCAGGACAUGCUUGCUAGUCCACUUUCUCCUACUGCUGAAGAGUUUGACAACAUACUAGCAGCUGCCGCGUCAGCCUCACCGAAAAAGAUCGACGAGCCAGCGGCUUCAGAAGAGGACCUAGCUGCCAAGUGGCAGGCAGAGAUUUCUGACGAUGACCUGGAUGUGGCCCCGGCUGAGGAAGACCUUGCUGCAAAAUGGCAGGCGGAGCUUGAUGACGACGAUCUUCUAUUGGAUGACGAGGUCGGUGAUGCGACGCAGGAUACAGCUGAGAUGGUUAACGGCGACGGCUCGCAGGGUCUUGGGAGUCCAUUUGGAACGCCGCAAAGCGCCGCCAGGCCAAGGCCGAUACAGAAUGCGUACACCCCUCACCAACCGUCCACAGCGGACCUUGUCGGCGGUGUCCCUGGGCCCACACCUCUAGGUACAAGUACUCCUUAUCCUGGAAACUAUUUUCAGUCGCGACCUGAGCCGCCGGCUCCCAUGGUUAGGGCGGAGAGCUUCGUAGAGCGCUCCAAGGAAGGUUAUAAAUCUCCAUAUGACCUCCCAGAAGAUCUUGCUCCGCGCCGCAAGCCUGCCGCCAAACAAGUAGUAGGACAGCCUGUUACUUUGCCUACAGCAGCCCCUCCUCGAAGCAGCAGUAUCCCGGUACCCCCACCUCCACAGACCUCGUCAACAAUGCCAACACCGCCUAUUGGGACUGCACCUUUACCCCAGACAACGGCGCCCCCCCCGGUGCCUGCCCCAAAGAACUUCUACGAGGAGCUACCCUUGCCCCCUGUUCGAGCACACUCACGGCCCGCAAGCUCAGGGCGAUAUGCGCCGAACCCAACCAUGACGGGCCCUGCGAUUCCGCCGCCGCCGCAAACUCAACCAGUUGCUAUCCCUCAACCACAGGCAUCUGGUGAUUUCACUCAACCUCAAUUACAGGAGCCGGACAGGUUGGGACCAUAUGCUCAUACUUUGGCACCUAGCUCUCAUAGCGCGCCUGUUGUGCCCACCCUUUCAUCAAGGUACUCACCGAAACCUCCGGCAUUGCAGCCUGGAGUAAAGCCAACUGCUUCUCCUCGAUACUCGCCAGCGCCGCCACCGGCAGCUGGGCCCCCGCCUCCGCAGCGUUACGUCUCCCAGCCGUCUAGUAUCCCUGGGCAAGGUGUUGCUUUACCGUUCCAACCGCGCACUUCGAGUCCGCUCGCCCAUCACGAGAAGGUUUCAUACCAACCGGACGAGGUUCCUCGAAAACCAUCCUUACCGCAUCCUAUUUCACCUGUUGACAUACAGCCACCCCACAUAGAUACAAGUGCUCCCAUUUCUCCUCAUUCAUCGCAGCUGCAGCCUUCUGCAGGUCCUGUCGCUGGGGGAGCUGCUGUAGGUGCGCCAUCUAGUUAUCAACCAUCUUCCCCGCCAAGGAACCCCUAUGCCCCUCCAUCAUAUAUCGAGGAAUUUUCUCGCCGCGUCGCUCAUUCGAACGAUGGUCCCCCUUCCGCAUACGCACCUGCACCGCCACCUGAGACCUCGUCAUUCGGUCCUCCUCGGAGAUCCCAGACACAGUCUCCCACUCAACAGCAGUCAGGCCCUCGGCUAUCGGUACCAACUGUGGACCCGUUCAAAAGACCUGCCUCCGUUCAUACGCCUAGCUCACCAACAAAGGCUGGCAAUGUUUAUGCGCCAGUUCAAAGCUCUACUCAUACUCGUGCGAUCUCGCAAUCACUUGAUUUCAUCCCACCGAACGACGGACAAGAGCUUGAUGCCUUCCAAAGAUGGAGAGGAGCGCCGAUAUUCAAAUUUGGCUUCGGCGGUACUGUCCUCUCCUGCUUCCCUCGGCAUAUUCCUCGUUAUAGCGCAGGACAGAGCGCUCCCAAGAUCAAGUCUAUGCCUGGCGAAGUGAAAACAACUCAGCUUAGCACCUUGAUUCCGUUCACAGAGAGCAUCGUUCAACAUCCAGGCCCUCUGAAGACUAAAUCAAAGAAGAAGGAUUUGGUUGCUUGGCUGUCUAGUAGGAUCGCGGCGUUUGAGAAUGAGGGUAUCCCAAAGAGCCUCCAGGGCUAUCAUGACUCCCAUAAGCGCCAUGACGAGAAGAACCUAUUGUGGAAGAUGGUGCGCGUCCUGGUUGAGCACGAUGGUGGCGUACAAAACUCUCCCGAAUUUCAAAAGUCGCUGAGAGGCGUUCUGUUUCCCCAUCUGCAGACUACUGAAUCGGAUCCUACAUAUGGCGCCCCUCUUCAGUCUCUCGCUCCUCAGCCUCUCGAUGCUACCUCGUCUGACUCUGCGGACUCCAAGUCACUAACUUCUAUCCGCGAUAAUCUGCUUCUUGGCGAGCGAGAGAAGGCCGUGUGGAGUGCAGCCGAUAACCGUCUGUGGGGACAUGCUAUGAUCAUCGCGCAGACUCUGGAUCAGGCUAUUUGGAAACAGGUCGUGCAGGAGUUUGUGAGACGGGAGGUUAGGACUUCAAGCGGCAAAUCCGAGUCGCUUGCUGCUCUAUAUGAAAUCUUCGCUGGCAAUUUUGAAGAAAGUGUAGAUGAGCUUGUCCCUCCCUCCGCCAGAGCUGGACUGAAAAUGGUUAGCAAGGUCGAUGGCCAGGGUGCCUCCAACGAUGCGUUAGCUGGCCUCGAGUCUUGGAAGGAUACACUUGGCUUGGUGCUAAGUAACCGGAGUCCUCAAGACCACCAAGCACUACUGGCCCUUGGGCGAUUAUUGCUGUCAUAUGGUCGGAUAGAGGCCGCUCACAUUUGUCUCAUUUUCUCACGCGCGGCGGCGUUUGGAGGUCCGAAUGAUCCCAACGCGAAUAUUACUCUCCUUGGUGCGGACCAUGUUCACUCAUCGCCAACGGCUUUGCGAGACGAUGAUGCUAUUUUACUUACUGAGGCAUAUGAAUAUGCCAUGUCUGUCUUGGCUGGAUCUCCCACGUCUACGCUGCAUCAUCUUCUGGGUUUCAAGCUCGUUCACGCUUGGUCGCUUACGGACCGAGGCCACAAGGCUGAAGCACAGCAGUACUGCGAUUCUAUUGUGGCGACCCUUAAAGCUACAACGAAACCAUCAGGAUACCACAAUAUCCAUCUGGUAAAUGAAGUAGAUGUGUUAUCAGCGCGCCUGAAGCAGACUACAGCCGAUGGAGGUUCGUGGAUUUCGAAACCCAGCAUGGAAAAGGUUUCCUCCUCGGUGUGGAACAGGUUCAGCAAUUUUGUUGCCGGCGAUGACAGCGACGCUGCGUCAACGGGCUCGGGCAAAGGUGGAGAGACAGAAAUUGGCCCGUUUGCCAAAAUGUCUGGUACUCCGACUGUCAGCCGUUCGCCGUCUGCGUCGGACUUGUACGGUCAGUACCCAAUGUCUGCACCACUGCCAGUCGCCAGCGCGGGGCCUUCGCGUUACCAGCCGAAUAACCAGUACGCCCCGAACGCUUCGCCUGAUCAAGGUCGAGCGCGGUCGUCGCUCGACUCACAGAGGUCUGCUUCAUUUGGAAUCCCAUUCGGACAGCGCCGUAGUUCGCAGGAGUACACCCCCACGACUGAGAACCCGAUGUACUCGGGAAGUCCGUUUUACGGCUCUCCCGCAGCGGGCUAUCAGUCCACCCCCCCUCAGACUUCAUAUAUGCCCCUUGCACCUGUCGAUGAAGAUAGGCCACAGCAAUCCUACUCCCCGCCAACAUCUGCACCGCAAGGCUUUCUUGCCCAAGACUCACCUUACCAGCCUCACCAUAACUCUUUCGAUCAAUCAUUCGGCAUUGCAGCCCCUCCAGUCCCUCAAUUGAACGAGCCCGAGCCCAACGGAUACAUGCCCCCUGCUAGUGGCUCCGGAUACGAGCCUCCUUCAGUUGGAGCUGGACCUGAAUUGGAGGUAACCGAGGAGCCCGAGGAUGAGAACCCACGCACGAAGUCGACUGUGGAUGAUGACGACGAUGAUGACAUCGCAGCGCGAGCUGAGUCUUUGAAGAAGGCUGAAAAGGCGCGCAAGGAUAAGGAAGCCGAGGAGGCGUUCAGAAAGGCAGCGGAAGCCGAUGCUAAAAAACCUGCACCGGCUAAGAGCUCAUGGUUCGGAUGGCUUAAAGGUGGAAACAAAGAGGAGCAAAAUGCCGCCGGAAAACCAAUCCACGCAAAACUCGGAGAAAAAAGUUCUUUCUAUUUCGAUGAGGAACUCAAGAAAUGGGUCAAUGGGAAGGACCCCAACAGCGCCACGCCGGCUCGCGCCACGCCGCCUCCUCCGAAGGCCUCUGCGCCGCCCAGCAGAAGUGCCAGUGGAAGUAGCAUGCCUCCACCCCCUGUGCCAGCAGCAUCUGGUAGUCGGCCUGGCUCGUCCGCGGGCGCUCCUCCGCCGCCGCUAUCUAGUAGCCCGGCAUCAUCUUCACUUGGUCUCCCACAAACACCUGCGUUUGGACCUGCACGGUCUGUCUCUACCGGCGCUGUUCCGCCUGCUGGAGGUGCCUCAUCUCGACCAGGAAGCUCUGCUGGACCCCCCAGGCCUUCCACUUCGUUGAGCCAUGCUAGUUCAAUUGACGACUUGCUCGGGGCGCCAUCAGCUCGCAAAGGCAACACUGGCCGCGGCAGAAAGAAGGGCCGGUAUGUCGACGUGAUGGCGCAAUAA